UGCAAUUCCACUUCAGUCGCCUAACAUAAUAAUACACGAGCUGUGGCGUACUGUGGCCCUCGAAACGCGCGAUCCAUACCACCAAAAACAACCUCGCGUGCCCCAGGAACCAAAGCUGCCCCGCUUCAUCGCAUCGUCAGCUACAUUACCUACCUGCGAAGUAUCCGGGAUCGCAAACUACACACCGGCAAGGAAACCGCAAUUGUAGAGAAGAGACAGACACAUAAAGUCACCAUGCAGGCCAUUCCAGAACCUCGUCAGCAAACCUUCGAGGAGAUCUAUGCCCCACCGGAGAACUUCCUCGAGAUCGAGGUCCGCAACCCCCAGACUCAUGGCACUUCCCGCAACAUGUACACCUCCUACGAGAUCGUCUGCCGCACCAACAUUCCCGCCUUCAAGCUCAAGCACUCUGUCGUCCGCCGCCGCUACUCUGACUUCGAGCACUUCCGGGACAUCCUCGAGCGGGAAAGCGCGCGGGUGACCAUUCCUCCUCUGCCUGGCAAGGUGUUCACCAACCGGUUCAGCGACGAUGUGAUCGAACACAGACGCGAGGGACUGCAGCGCUUCUUGCAGAUUGUUGUUGGACACCCUUUGCUACAGACAGGGAGCAAAGUACUGGCUAGUUUCGUGCAGGACCCGAACUGGGACCGCAACGCAUGGUGAUGAGUUACGUCAACCCUGCACCGGCAUCUCCGACUAAUGACCUUGUCCAUUCCUUACCCAGUUGAUGAAUCAAGUCUUCAAACUUUCGAUUGUUGCAUGAACUCCAAAAGGCGUCGGCUACAUUAAUGAGUUGAGACCCUAUGCUCGCUUUUUUGCUCUGCUUGCCUUUUCUGUAAUCUUUUGCAGCUUUCAGAUUCCAC